AUGGCCCGCUCAUCCGUCCCCACCCAGAACGACAUCGCCGUCCCCGAGUCGGUCCUGAAGAAGCAGAAGGCCGGCCAGAAGGUUGCCGACAGCAAGGCUGCCGACAUCCAGAAGAAGCGCGAGGCCAACAAGCAGAAGCGCGAGACCAUCUUCAAGCGCGCCGAGAAGUACCACCAGGAGUACGUCAAGGCCGAGCGCGACAUCAUCGAGGCCAAGCGCCAGGCCAAGAAGGACAACUCCCUCUUCGUCCCCGCCGAGUCCAAGCUCGCCUUCGUCGUCCGCAUCAAGGGUAUCAACAAGAUCGACCCCAAGAAGCGCAAGACCCUCCAGCUUCUCCGUCUGCUCCAGAUCAACAAUGGUGUCUUCGUCCGCCUCACCAAGGCCACCUCCGAGAUGCUGAAGAUCGUCGAGCCCUUCAUCGCCUACGGCUACCCCAACCUCAAGACCGUCCGUGAGCUUGUCUACAAGCGCGGUUACGCCAAGGUCAACAAGCAGCGUCUGCCCAUCACCGACAACGAGCUCAUCGAGCAGAGCCUCGGCCAGUACGGCAUCGUCUGCGUGGAGGACCUCAUCCACGAGAUCUACACCGUCGGCCCCAACUUCAAGCAGGCCUCCAACUUCCUGUGGCCCUUCAAGCUGUCCUCGCCCACCGGUGGCUUCCGUCCCCGCAAGUUCAAGCACUUCAUCGAGGGCGGUGACCUCGGCAACCGCGAGCACUUCAUCAACGGCCUCGUCAAGCAGAUGAACUAA